CGAGCUACACCGCACUUCAGCUGCAGCUCAUCUGCAUAUCAGCUGCAGAUUGGACAAAACUCGAGAGCAGGGUGGGGCUAUACUGACACACUCCAGAUGCAGAGUGGCAGAGAAGGUGUACCUGUUUUUAAACAAACAAACAAAAAAAAGUCCAGUCCAAGUUGAGUGAAUGGGGGGACUGGAAAAGAAAACUGGAUGCUAUCUGAUUGGCGAAGCACGGAAAAUAGGUGUGCUUAUGUAACACGGGGUGUCCCGAAACUAAAAAAAGUGACAGUCUGAGGAUCUUCCAAGGGCCUUUCUUCUGACUGCUUUCUGUCUCUUCUGUGGCUGUCUGGAAGGAAUACAUCUGGUUCUGAAGGGAUAAUAUGGCAGCAAAUUCAGAAACAAACAGUGACACAGAGGACCAGGACAAGGAAUACGUGGGUUUUGCAACUCUGCCAAACCAGGUGCACCGCAAGUCCGUCAAGAAGGGAUUUGACUUCACGCUUAUGGUGGCAGGCGAGUCUGGCCUGGGAAAGUCCACCCUGGUCAACAGUCUCUUUCUCACAGAUCUUUACAAAGAUAGGAAGCUGCUCAAUGCAGAAGAGCGAAUAACGCAGACAGUAGAAAUCACCAAACACACAGUGGAUAUAGAAGAGAAGGGUGUCAAACUGAAGCUCACCAUCGUGGACACCCCUGGGUUUGGGGAUGCUGUAAACAACACUGAAUGCUGGAAGUCGGUGGCUGACUACAUCGACCAGCAGUUUGAGCAAUAUUUCAGGGACGAGAGUGGCCUCAACCGCAAGAACAUCCAGGACAACCGCGUACACUGCUGCCUUUAUUUCAUCUCACCGUUUGGUCACGGCCUCCGGCCUUUGGAUGUGGAAUUCAUGAAAGCUCUGCAUGAGAAGGUGAACAUUGUCCCCAUCUUGGCCAAAGCAGACACACUCACCCCCACUGAGGUCAAGAAAAAGAAAAUCAAGAUCCGAGAAGAGAUUGAGCAGUACGGUAUCAAGAUAUACCAGUUCCCCGACUGUGACUCUGACGAAGAUGAAGAAUUUAAACAGCAGGAUACCGAGUUGAAGGAAAGCAUCCCCUUUGCAGUAAUUGGCAGCAACACGGUGGUGGAGGCCAAAGGGAAGAGGGUGCGAGGCCGUCUCUACCCCUGGGGCAUCGUAGAGGUGGAGAACUCGGCGCAUUGUGAUUUCGUGAAGCUGAGGAACAUGCUCGUUCGCACGCAUAUGCAAGAUCUGAAGGACGUGACCCGGGAGACUCACUAUGAGAACUACAGAGCCCAUUGCAUCCAGAGCAUGACCCGCAUGGUUGUGAAGGAACGCAACCGCAAUAAACUAACCAGGGAGAGCGGCACAGACUUCCCCAUCCCCAUGGUGCCUGGAGUGGCGGACAACGACACAGAAAAGCUCAUCCGAGAGAAAGACGAGGAGCUGCGGCGGAUGCAGGACAUGCUGCAGAGGAUCCAGGAUCAAAUGCACGCUCAGAAAGACGCCUAUUAACAUAAGGACAACAGUCACACUCUCUCUCUUUAACUGGGAUAAAAAAUAAAAAAAAGAAACACCCAGGAAACCUUUAUUCCUCUCUAGGACAUUGACAUCCCUACGUGCCCACCCAAACACCACUCAACCUCAUCAAUAGCACGUUACACAUGGAUCAGGGACCUGCGAGGAGGUGGUAAGAUGUUCUGACAUUUGCAGCUCGACGACUCCCUUUAUCCUCUCCAGAGUCUCCCUCAUUAUUUAAAACCACGGCUGCAAAACACUUCGACCCUCCACUCUACUGUUUUCUCCUCUGUCAAAACUUUAAACUAAUUAAAAAGGUUUGUUGUCGGUUUGAAUAACUCAUCUCUAGUUUGAGGGUUUGUUUAGUUGUCUGUAAUGGUAAGCAGAGUGAUUUUUCAAUAUCUGAACUUCAUUUAGCCACUUGAUCACAGGGUUGUUUUAUGUUGUUUUAUUUUAUUUUUUUUACAUAAGGUCUGAUAUAAGGUCUACAUGUGCUGACCUGUUCAGAUAUUUUAAGCACAUUUUUCUGGUGCAAGUGUUUAUUUUUACUAUCUCUAUAGGUCAACAUGCAUAUAUACUGUAAUAAUUUAAUUUUCUAUAUUACACUCACAAACAUUUGUUCUACUGUUUAUCUCGUAUGUGUUUCUGGUUUUAUUUAACGACACCCUUCUACACUGAUAGACAUGUAUGGAUGAUUGUUUCCCUUCAGCUGAGCUUCCUGUCAGUUUAAUCUUUAUGUGAGUGAUUGUUUUGAUCCAUUUAAACUUAUUUUUUAUCGGCUCGUCUGCAUGUUUAUCAUAGUCGCCACCUCUGCUGCCUGACAGCAUGGAUGUUAGUGGCACCGCUCAAUGUUGGCCAGUCUUAACUCACUGCAAUGCUUACCGAUUGCCAUAUCGACAUUUAAAAAUAGUCUAACUUUUUACAUGACAAAGCUUUAUUGUUUGGAGGAUUCCCCAAAAACAGAGUUGUGUCAAAGUCAGUUCAUCUCAUGAGGGCUGAUCAUGACCAUCCACAGUUCACAUGUGAGAGCUGAUGACACCUUUGAUAAGACAGGACCCAUAAGUUUGCAUGAGGUGAGUGUCCGAGGGAAGGGUCGCCAUGUGGUGUAUUUAUUUUUGCAUGUGUUGUUGUGAAGGUUACUCGAUUUGCAGAUCAAUUAAGUGAUCACCGGGUUAUUAUUAAGGCAAUGGAAAUAUGUAGCUACUUAAUUGUUGGAAAAUAUAUUGAGAAGAGGUGGGCUUUUUUUUUUCGAUUUUGGUUGGUUAUAAUUAUACCUUCAUAAGUUGGAUGUGUGCUAACCUUAAUGUUUAUCUUAUAACCAAAGCCAACAAUGACAAACCUGUCCUAAAUUUUGAAUUUUCCUUUAGUGUGAAUUUCUUUUUUGUACUGACAUGGAGAAAAUUGUUUUGGAAAAAAAAAAAAAAAGUCAAAGCCAAGAGUAAUGAUCCAAAUUAUUGUAUAAACUUGAUCCUCUUGCUAAUUAUUUUUAUGUUCCAAGUAUGAACCCCCCUUUUUUGGAAAUUAAAUGACUCUGCCAUGUUGU